AUGUCUCUGGUUCACAGCCCCUCAUACAGGAAGUCUCAGGUUCAUAGCACCUCCUUCAGGAUGUCUCUGGUUCACAGCCCCUCAUACAGGAAGUCUCAGGUUCAUAGCACCUCCUUCAGGAUGUCUCUGGUUCACAGCCCCUCAUACAGGAAGUCUCAGGUUCAUAGCACCUUCUUCAGGAUGUCUCUGGUUCACAGCCCCUCAUACAGGAAGUCUCAGGUUCAUAGCACCUCCUUCAGGAUGUCUCUGGUUCACAACCCCAUCCUACAGGAAAUCUCAGGUUCACAGCACCUUCUACAGGAUGUCUCUGCCCCUCAUACAGGAAGUCUCAGGUUCACAGCACCUUCUACAGGAUGUCUCUGGUUCACAACCCCAUCCUACAGGAAGUCUCAGGUUCAUAGCCCCUCCUUCAGGAAGUCUCGGGUUCACAGCACCUCCUACAGGAAGUCUCGGGUUCAUAGCACCUCCUUCAGGAUGUCUUGGGUUCACAGCCCCUCCUACAGGAAGUCUCGGGUUCAUAGCACCUCCUUCGGGAUGUCUCGGGUUCACAGCCCCUCCUACAGGAAGUCUGAUGUUCACAGCACCUCCUACAGGAAGUCUCAGGUUCAUAGCACCUCCUACAGGAAGUCUCAGGUUCAUAGCAUCUCCUUCAGGAUGUCUCUGGUUCACAGCCCCUCAUACAGGAAGUCUCAGGUUCACAGCACCUUCUACAGGAUGUCUCUGGUUCACAGCCCCAUCCUACAGGAAGUCUCAGGUUCACAGCACCUUCUACAGGAUGUCUCUGGUUCACAGCCCCAUCCUACAGGAAGUCUCAGGUUCAUAGCAUCUCCUUCAGGAUGUCUCUGGUUCACAGCCCCUCAUACAGGAAGUCUCAGGUUCACAGCACCUUCUACAGGAUGUCUCUGGUUCACAACCCCAUCCUACAGGAAGUCUCAGGUUCAUAGCACCUCCUUCAGGAUGUCUCGGGUUCACAGCCCCUCCUACAGGAAGUCUCGGGUUCAUAGCACCUCCUUCAGGAUGUCUUGGGUUCACAGCCCCUCCUACAGGAAGUCUCGGGUUCACAGAACCUCCAUCGGGAUGUCUCGGGUUCACAGCCCCUCCUACAGGAAGUCUCGGGUUCACAGCACAUCCUACAGGAAGUCUGAUGUUCACAGCACCUCCUACAGGAAGUCUCAGGUUCAUAGCACCUCCUACAGGAAGUCUCAGGUUCAUAGCACCUCCUUCAGGAUGUCUCUGGUUCACAGCCCCUCAUACAGGAAGUCUCGGGUUCACAGCACCUCCUUCAGGAUGUCUCUGGUUCACAGCCCCUCAUACAGGAAGUCUCAGGUUCAUAGCACCUCCUACAGGAAGUCUCAGGUUCAUAGCACCUCCUUCAGGAUGUCUCUGGUUCACAGCCCCUCAUACAGGAAGUCUCGGGUUCACAGCACCUCCUUCAGGAUGUCUCUGGUUCACAGCCCCUCUUACAGGAAGUCUCGGGUUCACAGCACAUCCUACAGGAAGUCUGAUGUUCACAGCACCUCCUACAGGAAGUCUCAGGUUCAUAGCACCUCCUACAGGAAGUCUCAGGUUCAUAGCACCUCCUACAGGAAGUCUCAGGUUCAUAGCACCUCCUUCAGGAUGUCUCUGGUUCACAGCCCCUCAUACAGGAAGUCUCGGGUUCACAGCACCUUCUACAGGAUGUCUCUGGUUCACAGCCCCUCUUACAGGAAGUCUCAGGUUCAUAGCACCUCCUACAGGAAGUCUCAGGUUCAUAGCACCUCCUUCAGGAUGUCUCUGGUUCACAGCCCCUCAUACAGGAAGUCUCGGGUUCACAGCACCUCCUUCAGGAUGUCUUGGGUUCACAGCCCCUCUUACAGGAAGUCUCGGGUUCACAGCACCUCCUUCAGGAUGUCUUGGGUUCACAGCCCCUCUUACAGGAAGUCUCGGGUUCACAGCACCUCCUUCAGGAUGUCUUGGGUUCACAGCCCCUCUUACAGGAAGUCUCGGGUUCACAGCACCUCCUUCAGGAUGUCUUGGGUUCACAGCCCCUCCUACAGGAAGUCUCGGGUUCACAGCACCUCCUUCAGGAAGUCUCGGGUUCACAGCACAUCCUACACCUCCUCAAGAUUGCCUUAG